AUGGCGACAAUAGUCCAGUGUCUUUCUUCCUGUGCGACCCUCAAUUCCAAAUUCAAAGUCCUUUCACUUAAGGGAGCUUCUUCUUCUUCUUCUUCAUCAUCUCCAGCUUCUUCCUUCUCCACUCGUCGUGGUGCAUCGGUUACUGUCUGCUCCUCUCUCAGCUUCUCUCAGAGUGUUUCUCAAUGUGUCGCCUUCUCCUCUUCCGGGAAUUUGUUGGUACAGAAGAAGCCUGUGAGGCCUUUGAUUGUGUGUGAGGCUGCUCCGACGAAGAAGGCUGAUUCAGCUGCAAAGAGAGCUCGCCAAGCCGAGAAAAGGCGUGUUUACAAUAAAUCUAAGAAAUCUGAAGCCCGUACUCGUAUGAAGAAGGUCUUGGAAGCACUAGAUGGGCUCAAGAAGAAAACAGAAGCGCAACCAGAUGAGAUUGUAACCGUGGAGAAACUGAUAGGAGAGGCUUAUUCUGCGAUAGACAAAGCGGUCAAAGUUAGAGCGCUACACAAGAACACUGGUGCACGUAGGAAGUCUCGGUUGGCUAGGAGGAAAAAGGCCGUUGAGAUCCACCACGGUUGUCGCUUUCAGACCCUUUUUUUUGUCUUCAUCAUCUUGCUUGCUCUUGAUUCAGUUCUUAGCUCUCGCACCAUUACAACUCAAUGA